AUGGGGUUCCUCGGCGUCUACUCGGCUGUGUAUGAUUACCAGCCUCAGGGAGAAGGUGAAUUGGACAUCCGCGAGGGCGACCUGCUCUACAUCCUGGAGAAGAGCUCCGAGGAUGAUUGGUGGAAGGCAAAGAAGAAGGCAGACCGCGACGAUGAAGACGAACCGGAAGGCCUAGUUCCGAAUAACUAUGUCGAAGAGGCGCAACCGACAUACAAGGCCAAGGCUCUCUACGACUACACCCGACAGACCGACGAAGAGGUCUCGUUUUCCGAGGAUGCCGAACUCCUAGUGUACGAUACAUCGGACCCAGAUUGGACAUUGGUUGGGGUAAACUCGGACUACGGAUUCGCGCCGUCAAAUUACAUCGAACUUGUUGAGAAGACUGCCCACGCCGGUGGUGCACCGAACCUGAGGCUCCCUCCCUACCGCAGCGACCAACAGCGCCAGCCGCGGAGGAGUACGAAUCAUCGCCUGCAGCUUCUCCUAUUGACACCGCGCAAAACCCCCGCCGCAGCAGCGAUUGCGGAUAUCAUUCACAAGCAACAUGCUCCCGCUGGCACCUAUGCAGAACCAGCGCGAGAGGAAACUCCGCCUCCGCAGCCUCCUCGGCCCUCACACGACCAACCGGAUGACCGUGACGAAGGGCCGCCGCCUUCCCUGCCGCGGCGUCCGCCAUCGGAACAGCUACAAUUUAGCACCCCUAUGGAGCCAUAUUCCCCCGAACCCGAGCCUGCUCGCCCACCUCGCCCCCAGGUGGCUUCCCCGGCCAUGCGCGGCGACAAAACACACGUCAAGGAGUCUCCUCCUUAUAACCGUGCCGGUGAACUGACACCUCGAUCGCCUUCGGGCUACCAUCUUUACAACAUCAAUGAAAUGGUAGAGGUUAUGGGCAAGCGCAAGAAGAUGCCAACAACACUCGGCAUCAACAUGGUCACUGGAAUCAUCUUCAUUUCCCCCGAGGGCGAUGAUCGUCAACAGGAGUGGACAGCGGAAAAGUUGACCCAUUACUCAAUUGAAGGCAAACAUGUCUUCGUUGAUUUGGUUCGACCUAGCAAGAGCAUCGAUUUCCAUGCUGGAGCUAAAGACACUGCGUCGGAGAUUGUGGCUGCACUUGGCGAGAUCGCUGGAGCCUACAAGGCCGAGGGGCUUCGAGAAGUCCUUGCUGCUGGAAAGGGCGGCGGUGGUCAGAAGAAGGGACAGAUUCUGUAUGACUUCAUGGCUCAAGGUGACGAUGAGGUGACCGUGGCAGUGGGCGACGAAGUUAUUCUUAUUGAUGACACCAAGUCUGAGGAGUGGUGGAUGGUGCGGCGAAUGAAGAAUGGCAAGGAGGGUGUCGUGCCUAGCAGCUAUGUUGAAAUUACCGGGUUCGUUACCCAGGAACCUCCGGCUGGCGUUAAUUCAGGCUUGUCCAGCGUGGAAAGGAAUCGUCAAGAGGAGGCUCGAUUGGCCAAGGCAGCGAUGGGCAAACCGAGAACCGACUCCAUGGACUCCUCGGAGCGACACCACCGAAAGCGCGACAGCAAAUCCAGCAAGUCCAAGCCCGAUUCCAGUCAAGUGAGGAAAUGGACAGACCGUACCAAGGCCUUCACGGUCGAGGCGCAAUUUAUUGGCCUCCAGGAUGGAAAGAUUCAUCUCCAUAAGGUCAAUGGUAUCAAGAUUGCUGUUCCUGUCGCCAAGAUGUCUGUCGAGGAUCUCGAGUAUGUCGAGAGGACUGCUGGUGUCUCUUUGGACGAGGACAAGCCCCUGUCGAGUAUUCGGGCUCGAGCUACUUCCGAUCCCAAGGGUGCCGCAGGCGCUUCUGUGCAACGGCCAGAGUAUGACUGGUUUGACUUUUUCCUCAAGUCUGGCGUUGGUCCACACCAGUGCGAGCGUUAUGCGCAAAACUUCCUCAAGGAUUCAAUGGACGAGUCUGUCCUGCCUGACAUCACCCCUGAAACCCUUCGCACCCUAGGGUUGAAGGAGGGCGAUAUCCUGCGCGUGAUGCGUCACCUUGAUACUACUCUUGGACGCACUGGUUCGAAGUCCAAGCUUCGCAAUGUUAGCUUUGGUGGUGAGGAGGUCAUUGGCAAUGGCGAAGACGGCGGGCUUUUUGCCGGUCCUGGUGGUAUGUUGCGAAACAACACCCGCAAGGGACGGCCUACACCCUCCGUCCAAGCAGGUGAUGUUGUUGAUCCCAAGGCAUUCGAGCAAGCAGAUGACUCGAAGCCAAAGGAGAAGGAACGCGCUGCCAGUCCUCCAACCCCCACUGCACCGGAGAAGCCUGUCCAGCGUGGCUUCGACGACGAUGCAUGGGAAGUAAAACAGCCGAAGCAGUCUACAAGCCCGGCUCCUGCUACUGCGAACAAACCUUCCUCUCCUACGACAGCCACGGCACCAGUGCAGAAGCAAGUCACUGGGGCGAUGGCAGACCUGACUUUGCUGCAAGCUCCUCUGCAACCCACACCCGCGCAGCCUGCCCCUACGCCAUCUGUUUCGACCAUUCCUGCUCUUCAGCCUCAACAAACCGCUGUGCAAAAUCCGCCUGUGCAACAACAGCAACAGCCAACCGGGGCCAAUGCCAGCUUGUUUGCCCAAGUUGCACAACUUGGACAGCAGGCUAGACAACGCCCACAACCCCCUCAGAGCAUGAACCAGAACUCGCUUCUUCCUCCGCCUCCGCAACGCCCCCUCUCGGCCCCUCAGAACUUCUCGCAACAGCAGAGCACUUUCGGUCCUCCUCCUUUGCAGGCUCAGUUGACAGGCGUUCCCCAGGCUGGUCCGCAAGGCGCCCCUGCCCAGGGCUUCCAGCAGCCGCAGAUGCAGCCUCAGGCCACAGGUUUCAUGGGACAGAAUCAGUUCCAGAAUGGGUUGAUGCCCCAGCCAACUGGCUUCACCCCUCAGUCCCAAUUUGGAAUUCAACAGCAGCAACAGCAGCCGUUCAGCAAUGGUCAACCUGGCUUCCAGGGUGUUGCACCGCAGCCCACAGGCUUUGGUGGAUUCCCACAGCAACAGCAGCCUAUGCAAACCGGCGUGAAUUCGGUGCUUCCUCCAGCACUGCAGCCCCAGCCAACUGGUAUGAACGGUUUCGGCAAUGCCAGCAACUACACCCAGUCUCCACCUCCGGUCCCGCCGAUCCCCCAACAGCCGACGGCAACACCUUUGUCACCCCAGAAGACUGGACCUCCCCCGUCAGUCAGGUUUGGUGUGAAGCCGGAUGCACCCCCAAGCUUGCUCCACAGCCAACAGGAUUGA